AUGGCCGCGGCGUGCGCCUCGCGCGCGCUCUGGGCCGUGCUCACACGACGGCCCAAUCCCGCACGCGCCCCGGCGGCGCCCCGAGCGGCGCCCCGCGCGCGCGCGGCCCCCCCGUCCGACGGAGACGCGGGAGGAGGCCGCGACAAUCGUCGUCGUCGCCCGCGCGCCCACGGCCCGCACGCGCCGGACGUUAACCUCCACUGGCGCGCGAAGAACCUCGAGCGCGCCGGCGAUCGCCUCGGCGCGCUCCGCCUGCUCACCACCGCGCUCGAGCUCUACCCGCAAAACGCGCACAUCGGCGUCUCCGCCGCGAGGCUCGUCGCGGAGAACGUCGACGGGCGAGGCGUCUCCACGGCACUCGACGACGCGCUGGCCAUCGCGGAGCGAUGCGCGGAGCACGAUCCCGACAACGCCGUCGUCGCCAACCUCAGGGCGACGCUGGAGGCCAAGCGCGGGGGCAAGGGCGCCGCGGCUCGCGCCAGGGAGCUCUUCGCCAGGAGCGUCGAGCUGGACCCCGCGCACGCCGCCGCCUACCACGCGUGGGCCGUCUUCGAGCGAUCGAGAGGCCGGAUCGCCAAGGCGAGGCGACUGUUCCGCGAGUGCCGCGUCGCGGACCCGACGCGCGCCGCCACCUCGCAGGCGUGGGCGCUGCUCGAGGUGGACGACAGAAACUUCGCCGAGGCGAGGAGGCUGUUCCAGGACGCGGUGGCUUUGGACGCGUCGCACGCGCCCAGCUGGCAGGCGUGGGCGGACAUGGAGCGACGGCUCGGGAACGUCGGCAAGGCGGAGCGCCUGUUCCGAAGAGGGGAGGAGGCGACGCGGGACGCCGCGCGGGGGAUCACGGGCGCGGCGAGCGGGACGCGGGUGCGGCGCGCGAGGGAGGCGGCGGAGGCGGCGAAGAGGGACCCGACCGGUGGCGCGCGGCGGCGCGCGAAAGAGCCCGAGGUCGACGCCUCCGCCUCCCUCGAGAAGUCGAGCGGGAAGGAAGUUUUCACUCAUGGCUCCGGAGAUGGCUCCGGAGACGUCCGGACAAGCCGCCGGUCGAGGCUGGGGGGCGGGGGCGGGUCCCGCGCGAAGCUCCGCGCGCGAAGCUCGCUGCUGUGCUCGUGGGCGUCCUUCGAGGUGGCGAAGGGGAGCCCGACGAGCGGCCGAAGAGGCGACGGGUCCUACAUGCCCCUGGCGAGGACGCUGUUCCGGGAAGCCGUGGACACGUGCCCGGAGAACGCCCAGGCGUGGACGCAGUGGUGGAAAGCCGAGGCGAUCGCGUCGCGGUUGGACCGAAGCGGGGGCGGGUUAGGAGGAGGGUUACGGUUUGCCCGACUGAACCCACCAAACGCCGGAGCCGAGCGCCAGCUGGCGGUGGCCAACGAGGGCCUCGCCAAGUGCCCCGGGAACGAGCGGCUCCGGCACGCGAGGGCGCUGUCGCUAAAAUCGCUCGGGGACAUCGACGGUGCCCGCAACGAGCUCGAAGCCCUGGCGCGCGACUUCCCUACAAACGCGCACGCCGCGCACUCGCUCGGGCUGCUGCUCCAGGAGCUCGGCGAGUUCGACGCCGCGGUUGAAGCCUUCGAGAGGGGCAAGGUCGCGAGUCUGCCGUGCCUCACCGCCGCGGCGGCGGCGGCGGCGCAUUCCGGGGACGUCGCGCGCGCGCGCGGGUUGUUCAUGGAGGGGAGCGCGGCGGCGUCCAGCGGCGGGGCCCGGGGCCGGUUGGGGGGUGGGUUCGGGCCGGGCGGGGGGUCGAACGACGGAGGGUCGUCGGCGAGCGCGUCUGGCUUUUUUUCCGGUUCCUUUGACGAGUUUGGAGCGUUCGACGGGUCGUUCGUGGACGCCGCCGCGGUGGACGGCGCCGGCGCCGCUUACGCCUCCCCGGGUUCCUUCUCCUCGUCCGCGUCAUCGUCCACGUCAUCGUCCACGUCAUCGUCGUCGUUUGGCGAGAGGAUGAGGACGGCGACGCGCCGGGACUGCUCCGCGCAUCUCCGGCUGUGGGCGCUGCUGGAGAAGCGGGACGGCGCCGAGACGGUGGCGCGCACGCUCUUCCAACGCGCUGCCGACGUGGACCCCACCGACGGCGCCACGUGGCUCCAGUGGGGCCAGUUCGAGCGCCGCGUGUCCGGCGCCGCCGCGGCUCGAGCGCGAUUCGAGUUGGGUUUGGCCAAGUGCGACUCGAGCGAUCCUCACGCCGCGUUUCUAUACCAAGCGUGGGCGACGAUGGAGGCGGCGGAGGGCGAUGACGCCGCGGCGACGGACCUGUUCGCGAAUGGCACCGCGGCGCACCCGCGCGCGGUCACCCUGUGGCUCGAGCGCGGUUUGUUCGAGGCUUCGAGGGGGGACGUGAACGCCGCGAGGUGUUCGUUCGAGGCGGGCAUCGAGGCGGCUCCCGAUUAUCCCCCCGUGUACGAGGCGCUGGCGCGGCUGGAGUGGGGGGAAGGGAACGAGGCCAGGGCGGAGGAGGUGGCGAGGGCGGGGGGGGUGGUGCCGCCGGCGGUGGGGGCGCGGCGGGAGGCGGAGGAUGAGGCGGCGGCCGCCGCCGCGGCCGGGCGGGAGGUGACGUUUUGA